AUGCCUCUCAUCAACGAGUCUCAUGAUUCCCUCCCAUAUAUCGACACGGCGCCUUCCGCUCAGGCUCGCGCCAAUGCAGAGAAAUUGAUCGCCGCAGAGCUUCCCUCAGACUACAAGUCUUCCACCCACCCCCUCAUCCCCGACUUCCCCGAGCCGAAGUUUUCGCCCAUCGUUCAGCAAGAGUUAGAGCGCAAGGCAGCUGGCCUGCCACUAACUGGGGGAAUUGAUCUUUCGCGUUACGAGGCCCCCGAGCCUCCUGCUCGUUCCGGACCGGACUCCGCUCCCAACCUCGAUGAAUGGCGUCAAACACUGCGGAAAGCCUACACAGCUAGCUCCCACCUCUUCGCAAGACACGAGAACCUCUCACUUUUAGAAGAAUGCGGCAAGAACGCGUGGUUGAUUGGUAAUUCGCAGCUCGAGGAUAUUCUGAAAUCUCUUGAGAAGGAAUUGGCAGAGACAAAAGAGGCGGCAGAGAAUAUCAAUAAGCAGCGAAAGAUCGCUCAAGAGUCGAACCAGGGAGAGCUUGCAGGAUUGGAAGAGACAUGGAGACGCGGUGUUGGCGCUAUUCUCGACGUUGAACUUGCUGCUGAGGAUUUGCGAAUGCAAAUUCUGGAGCAAAGACGCCAAUACGCCCAGCAGCACGCGCGGUAG